UUUUUAUGCGUGACAAUUUUAGGUUGUUUUUUUAAAAAGCUUUUUUUAAGCGUGCGGAAGGAUACCAUCAUGAGAACUGUGGCCCAAAAGAUGUUAAGGACCUGCAACAAACUCUUCACAAGGAAAACCACAAAUGACGACGCAGCGGCUCACCCAUCCAACAUCGAAACGGCGGCCCAGAUGGAGAACAUCCAACACCUGCACAACAUGGAGGCCGCCAGGGAGUACGUGCACCACGUGGAGGCGGUGGCCGAGCGGGCCCAUCACGGCGGUGGCUGGCUGCUGUCGGGCAUCAUCUGCAUCAACAUCCUCAUCCUGGGCUGUGCUCUGGUCAGCAGCAGCGCCUUCAUCAGCGUGGCCAUCACGGCGGUGCACAAGCAGAUCUUCCUUAUCGUGCUGCUACUCAUGACCAUGCUCUGGAUGCUCUUCUACACAGUCUUCACCUUCCGCAAGAACAAAGCCAUCAUGACUCAGGACAGCCACGCCGGGCCUGUGUGGCUACGAGCUGGUCUUGUGCUGUUUGGCCUACUGAGUCUCCUCAUGGACAUCUUCAAGCUCGCCAACUACGUGGGCUACCUUCAUUGCGACUCUGCCGUCAAAGUUGCCUUUCCUCUUGUGCAAGCUGUCUUCUUGUUCACUCAGACUUACUUCCUGUGGGUUCAUGCCAAGGACUGCGUGCAGCUCCAUACAAAUGUCACACGGUGCGGCCUCACGCUCACUCUUUCCACAAACUUGGUGGUGUGGAUGGCGGCAGUUACCGAGGAGUCGCUUCAUCAGACGGACACUCCCUACAUGAACAGCACUGUCCCACACAAGAUGUACAGAGCCAAUUACGUCACCAAGUGCAACUGCAGUCACACUGCGUGCAGCACCUUCAAGGAGGCCUUCUACUACUUGUACCCCUUCAACAUAGAGUACAGCCUUUUUGCCUCGGCCAUGGCCUACGUCAUGUGGAAGAACGUGGGCCGCCUGGUGGAGGACCACGGCCAUCACAAUGCCAAGUUCCGGCCUAAGGAGGUAUGCCUGGGCCCCAUGGUGGGCCUCCUCCUGGUGGUGGUGGGUCUGGUGACGUUCAUCGUGUAUGAGGUAGAGAUCACUCAUGAGGACCUGGGAACGCGCUCGCACGCCCUCCUCAUCCAUUUUGCCAUGAACAUAGUCAUUGUGAGCCUCAUGUGCAUCUUCACCGUCGUUGGCUGCGUGGUCUACCGGCUUGACCACCGGGAGAAUGUCUCUGAGAAGAACCCCACCCGCAGCCUGGACGUGCAGCUCCUCGUGGGGGCAUCCAUGGGGCAGUUCAUCAUCAGCUACUUCACCAUUGUGGCGGUGGUGGCCAAGGGGGCCCGAGGCUACCUGAACGCUCUCAACCUAGCGUGGGGGGUCCUGAUGGUGGUACAGCUGGGGCUGCAGAACUACUUCAUAAUUGAGGGGCUGCAUCGGGAGCCCUUCCAUAUGAUGCAGGAGGCGGCCCUGCACACCAAUGCGUGUGCCUUCCAACAACACUCUGAGAUGAGUGUCGUCAUGGAGAUUCACAAGUCCAGCUGCUUGUUGACCUCAGCCACGCCACCCAACUGGAAGAGGAGAGUGCUGAAGGAAGUGUGCGCCUUUCUGCUGCUAGCCAACAUCAUCCUGUGGAUCAUGCCUGCCUUUGGCGCUCGCCCUCAGUUUGACCACACCGUGGAGAUCAAGUUCUACAAGUUCACCAUGUGGGCUGCAAUUGUCAAUAUAGGACUGCCUUUUGGAAUCUUCUACCGCAUGCACGCAGUCGCCAGCCUUUUUGAGGUCUAUCUAAUCACAUAGUAUUGGCCUCUUUCCAUGUCUGAUAGCUUCUUUUUAAAGUCUAUGAAA